CAUGCAGUCUCUUGUUCCUCCCUUUUCGUCCUGCAGCCAAUCGGGAAACGUUCCGCUCCCUGGAGCUCAGGUUGACUCGGACUUUCCCUUCGCCACCAACUGAUUUCCUCUUCGCACGAAUCACUGUUGAACGAUUCACGUCUCUUUUCUGCAGUUCGUUUGGCUUUCGCUGUUUUUUACACAGCCAUGCUUUUAGUAAAGAGGCUAUAUGUCUUUCUUUUAUUUAUUAUGGCUACGACCUUCGCCUCUGAUGACACCAUGACAGCAGCCACGGUGUACUGGGACCCCCAACAGAAGAUGGUCCUGCUGAAGGAGGGGGUGCUAGAGACGGAGGGGGAUGCAUACGGGUAUCUGAAUGAUACCCUGUCUAGUACAGGCUGGAGCAUCCUAGAGAUACGUGCCGGGUACGGAAAGACACCUGAAACUGAUGAGGUGACCUUCUUCCUGGCCGGCUACCUCGAGGGCUUCCUCACUGCCAAGCAGAUGAUGGACCACUACGCCAACAUGUAUCCACAGCUGAUCAACGACCCAAAGAUUCUCAGCCCCGUUCAGAAUUUCAUGGCGAAGCAGGAUGAAUGGACCAGAGAGCAAGUGAAACUGAACAAGAGCUCUGAUCCUCUGUGGAAACAUGCAGGCUUUAUCGUGGCUCAGAUGGACGGACUGCAAGCCGGAGUCGCAGACUGGGCCAAGAAACAAGGGAAAAAGCCGCUGUCCCUGUUUGCCAUCCAGUUCCUGAACGCAGUGGGAGACCUGCUGGAUCUGAUCCCAGCCUUGGUCCCCACCUCCAACCGUCUGCUCAGAAACUUCAAACUCCCCGGGAUGGGUCACUGCUCUGCUCUCAUCAAGAUGCUGCCCGGCUUUGAGAACCUCUUGUUUGCCCACUCCAGCUGGUACACGUACGCUGCCACAAUGCGGAUCUACAAACACUGGGAUUUCCGCAUCACCGAGCCCAACACCGCCACUGGGAAACUGUCCUUCAGCAGCUACCCUGGUUUCCUGGUGUCUCUGGAUGACUUCUACCUCUUGGGCAGUGGUCUGAUGAUGACCCAGACCACCAACAAUGUCUUCAACUCCUCCCUUUUUGACAAAAUCACUCCCAACAGCCUGCUGUCGUGGCAGAGGGUCAGGCUGGCUCACAGUUUGGCACGUACCGGAGAAGAGUGGGCCAAAACCUUCUCCAUGCACAACUCUGGUACCUACAACAACCAGUACAUGGUGUUGGACAGGAGCAAAGUGAAUCUGGGCCACAGCGUUGAUGACGGCGCUCUGACUGUGGUGGAGCAGAUCCCCGGGCUGGUGGAGUACUCUGACCAGACACAGGCUCUGCGCAGAGGUUACUGGCCGUCCUACAACAUUCCCUUCCACCAGAAGAUCUACACGCUGAGUGGUUACGGAGACAUGUGGAAGGAGUAUGGGGAGGACUUCUCCUACGAUCUCUGUCCCAGAGCCAAGAUCUUCCGCCGUGACCAGGCUGAUGUCAAGGACCUAGACUCCUUGAAGUACAUCAUGAGAUUUAAUGACUACAAGAAGGAUCCAUACUCCAAGGGUGACCCCUGCAAGACCAUCUGCUGCCGUGGCGACCUGAGGGCAGAGAAUCCUACACCUGGAGGUUGCUAUGACACUAAGGUGACAGAUUUCUAUAUGGCUAGGGACUUCGGUGCGGAGGCGGUGAACGGGCCAACGACGCAGGACGGACUCCCACCGUUCAUCUGGGAUAAAUUCAGCAGCAUCAGCCACCAGGGUCUGCCACAGUACUACAACUUCACCUUCGUCAGGAUGCAGCCUCUUCUCUUCGAGCCAUGAGAGGUGUGUGUGUGUGUGUGUGUGUGUGUGUGUGUGUGUGUGUGUGUGUGUGAGAUUGAGAGAAUCUGUCAUUCUGAUGCUUUCAGAUGCUUUUCUGUGGUUCACACAUCUAUUUACACACUGAUGAUUUCUACUUUAUUCAUUGCUGUCUUUUAAGUUUAGAAUUGCGUCCAAUCAACAAAUGCUUUCUUUUCAAGAGUUUACAUUCUGUAAAAGUAAAAGUGUAAAAGUACCUCCUUCCACCUGAUAAAAUGCAACAUGUCAAACUGCCAAUCAGAUUUUGAAUCCAUAUUUGAAUGUGUAUAUGUCUCAUGUCGAUUAUUUUACUUUGGAAUACAGUAAAAAAAAAAGUUCUUUUUUUAUACCUGCAGCCAUUUGUGCCUUGAACACUGAGAGUAACCUAAUGAUUUCAUAUAAUGUAGAAUCAAUGCACUAAAUCAGUGGUCAUGCCGUCUUGAAUCUUUUUUUUUUAUUUUUUAAAUGAUUGAAUUUCUUCAUGCAUGCAAACACUAUCUCUUCAGUGGUAAAUCAAACAAUCAGUGCAAUGUUAUACUCAGGGCUGUUUUUCUAGUGCUGUGAUUUAUGUGACUCAAAAUCUCAGGUUGGUAUUUUUGUUUUAGCUUGUGUUUCUUUUGUAAUAUGAUGUGUAACAUCUGCAUCAUGCCAACAUUUGAAAUUAAAGUUCUACAGUUGUACCAGCACA